AGAAAGGAGAUCCUCUCUCCUCUUGCUCGAUUUUCUGAUCUCUUCUGUUUUUCUUUUAUGAAUUGUUUACUUGCUCGUUCCGAUCCAAGUAUUUGUUUUUGUUUGUUUCAUCGUGAAAUCAUCUGGGAAAUUGCGUUUAAAUCCAUGAGCAUGUUUCACACCUGCCUUUUGAAAUUGCUUCUAAUUAAUUGAUUUAUCAUUCACAAUUUUUGUUUUGUUAUUUGUUUGACAGAUCGAUCCAUAAUGGCACCCAAAAAGACACAACUUGAGCUUCAAGCGUCAUCUAAGAAGAGAACCAAGAAUUCAGAUGAAGAUGAUGAGCCUGUCUUGAAUGUCAAUUCAAAGAAACGGCUUGCUCCUCAAAAAACACUAAACAAGCUGAUAAACAAAACGGCACUUGAACCUGAAGCGUCAUCUGUGAUGAAGAAUUUACCCGAAGAUGACCAUGAUCACAAGACCGUCUUGAAUGUCGUCGACUCAAAUAAGCUUAAAACAGAUGAUGGAAACAAAGGAAUUGAAACAAGCAAAACACCACUUAAAUCUGAAGAUGAUGAACCUUGGAAUCCUAGUAAGCCCUUACCUGAAGGCUUUGUACCUUGGCUUGAGCAUGAUCAUGAUAAGUGUAUUGCAGAACAAUUGGGAAUCGACCUUGAUGCUCCGAUACCAGCGGAGUAUGCCGAUUAUUUUUACAAUCAGGCUACUCCUUCCCCAGAAGGAUCAUUCAAUUUAGAUUAUUCAGAUUCAGAAUUAGCCAAAAUCGAUCCACUCGAUUUCCCUCGGGAACCUACUCCACCAAUGCGAUUUCGAUCUAUAUGUAGUAGCUCUUCAUCAUCUUCUGAUGGAGAUCCAAUGGAUCUUGGGUCUGAUAAUGACUCAGAUGGUUCCAAGGAAAGGAAAAGGGAAGAAGCGUACGAAAAACGGCUUGAAUUCAAGUCCCGCUCUGAUGUAAAAACUGCCAAAUGGCUCAAAAAGCUUGCUGACGACAAGGCCAGGAGGAAACCAACUAUUUGAUUUUAGCACUUCAUUUGCUUAAGACUUUAUUUCUAAUUUCCAGUUUAGUUAAUUUUGUGAUAACUUAUGCAACGCACCAGACAUAUGCCUAAAAAGAACGUGCUUUAUGUAUUAUUGUAAAAUGUCUAAUAUAUAUAUUGUACAACUGUUGUCCUAUGUCAUAUUGAUAGAUGUUCUGAAUUUCUUAAAAUUUCCAAUUA